UAAUGACCAUGUCAGCUCCGCUGAUGCUCCCACAUUUAAAUCGGAUGAUGAUACCAGAGAAAUCAGACCCAAAGGGGUGGUCUUAAACGAUCACCAACCUCUAGUUAAUACUAUCUCUAUUGAAACGGAAAAUUCUAAUGAUACUCCUGAACAGACAAACUUACGCUGUGAUGAUACUCUUGCAACUAAUAUAUCUGAUAACACUUCAAAUUCUGAGAGUAAAUCAUUGGAAGAUAAGGAAGUCGAUAAAUUCCUGAAUUCAAAGUAUAAAGAAAAAGUUAGUAACGAGAUAAUUCAGAGCAUUAAGGAGAAGAGGUUUCGAGAACAAGAGACAAUCAUAACUUCCCAGGAUACUGUCCCUAUUAUCACCCGUGAACAAGGCUUUAUUCAGGAAUUAUCUGCAGGUAACAGUUACAAUGAUGCAUCUUUAUCUGUCCAAGAUCAUAACUCCAUAUCUUCGGAUCAUAUAACUGAAAUUUCGCUGACCUCGGGUCAGGAAAAAUUGAGCAUCCUCCAAAAUAUAGCUCACUUAUAUGAAAAAGCAUGUGAUGCGGAAGAUGAAUCAGUAAAAGUUAAUCAGGCCGAAACUUUAUGCUGGAGUAGUUUUAUUAUAGUACUUGACAAAAGUCUUGAUGAAAUCAUGAAUAGAGAUAAAGACGCGCAUAGUGCGGUGUCUAUAACACAUUAUUCUUCAGAUGAUUUAUCAGAAACCGAGACAAGUAUACCUACAGAAUCGAUUCCUUUAGAUUCAUCCCAAGAAAAUGAUCAAGAUUCAGAAUUACCGGAAGCUGAGGUAAAUACAUCUACUAAAGAGACGUUUCGAGUCUCCAACUCAUCUCAAGUUUUCAAUUCUUCUGGUUCUGCUGAUUCCAAAAAAUUACCAGAAGCUGAGAUAAGUGAAGAAUCCAAGAAAAAAAUACCGGAAACUGAGGUAAGUAUUCCAACAAUUCCCUCUAUUCUAUCAACUCAUAUCUCUUGUUCUUCAGAUUUUAGCGGAGCUAGUUAUUACUAUGAUUUAAGUAACGGGAAGAAAAGUUACGCUACGCGGAGUGAAGAGCACUCUAAAAAAUCGAUUCAUUUGGAAAGCAGAGCCUCUCAUCAUCUCUAG